AUAUUUUGGGACUGAACUCUUGAAGUAACCAAACACUUGUGGCUUGAACAUCGCUCGUCAAAUCGAUAUCUCAAGCAAAGAUGGGAUCAAUCGCGCCUGAGCCGCCUCUGAAGGUCAUCAUUGUCGGAGCAGGGCUGGGAGGAUGUGCCACGGCUCUGGCCAUGCACCACGCUGGCUUUGAAGUGGUGGUCUUCGAAAAGGUCCGAGAGUUCUUACGACUGGGAGACUCACUUGGUCUGGGUGAGAAUGCACUCAAACUGCUUGAUCGGUGGUCACCGUUCCUUCGAGCACGUCUUGUCGGCAUUGGCAAUAAAUCCGAAAUGAUGCAAAUCCGACGCUGGCACGAUGGCAAAGUCCUCGCUCAACAACCCUUAAUGGACAUGGCUGGGUUCAUCGGUCAUCGAGGAGACUACCACAAGGGUUUCCUGGACGCCGUUGCCGAGAAGGGCAUCCCCGUGCACAUGGGGAAUGAGGUCAUCGACUACGACGACGCCGCCCCGUCAAUAACACUCAAGAACGGCGAAAAGCACUAUGCAGACAUUGUCAUUGCCGUUGAUGGCAUAAAAUCUCGAGCUAGGGAAUUAGUCCUAGGUUUCGACGACAAACCGAAGUCAUCCGGCUACGCGUGUUUCCGCGCAUUCUUCAAGGGCGACCACCUCCGCGGCGACCCUUUGACGGCUGAAUUCGUCGAGCAAGAAUGCGUCAACAUCUGGAUCGGCAAAGACAAGCAUCUUGUCCAAAACACCCUUCGCAACGGCGAGGAAUUCAACUGGAUAAUUACCCACAAGGAUACCGAGGACAUCAAAGAAUCCUGGUUUCAACCCGGCGACAUGGAUGCCGUGAGGGAACUCGUCGAGGAUUGCGACCCGCGCGUUGCCGCCAUCGUGCGCAAGACCGACUCGUGUCUCGACUGGAAGAUCUGCUACCGCGACCCGAUCCCAACAUGGGUCAGCAAGAACCACCGGGUCGCUCUGAUCGGAGACUGCUGUCACCCUCAUCUACCGACCAGUGCGCAGGGCGCAAGCCAGGCCACGGAGAGUGCUGCCGUGUUGGCACAGUGUUUGUUGUUGGCUGGUCGAGAUAAUAUUCCGCUGGCAACAAGAGUCUAUGAAAAGAUCCGCUUCCCACGUGUUCGACGCGCUCAGACAAACGGUGAAGACACUCGUGAUCGAUGGCACACCGCGCUAGACCGAGUCGGUGAAGGCGAGGCCAUUGAUCCUGAUAGCAUUUUGAUCAAGAACAAUGUACUAUACAGCUACGAUGCCGAAGCCGACACUGUCAAGCAGUGGCCGGAGAUGUCCAGAAUUGUGACUGAGGAGCUGAAGACGGGGAAGAUCACUCCCUUGUGUUGAUGUUGAUACCCGAGUCGUGAAUUUAUAUCUAGAGCAAUGGAGUGGCAAGAAUUGGUCUCCGUAACAUGGCGCAGCAUUUUAUGGCAUUUCAAUUCA